AAAACUGAGUCCAAUGCAAAGAAAACGAUAGAUCUUCACAGUAGUAAAGGCUAGAAAUCACUAAAUUUAACAGAGAAGUAGAAAGAGCAGCAUUUUUGACACAUACCCAUAUCAUCAAAAUCACAUAUUAACCCCAAAUGGGCACAAACUCUGCAUCCAUGAGGAGGCUGUUAUAAUGUGACUAUCUCAACCUAGAUUCAAUUUGGAGUAAGUUCUCUCUCAUACAUCAUCAUUAGACAGGUUAGACAUAAAUACCUGUCAGUCGCAUUGUGGCGGUCUCACGAAAUAAUUUCUCAACCUCUAACACCCACAAAUAAAAAGGCCAGAAUGGGCUAUUGGGAGUAGAGGAAUAUGACUGAUCAGUCUCUACCACACACAAGCAUGAAGCAUCAUAACUCUCGGUCAUUCCCCAUCAUCAAAUCUCAAUCAUAUGUUAUUUAAGUAUACAUAUAAUGUCCCACUAGAAUCCCACUCUUUCUACUUCUCUUUCUCACAUCUUAAACCAACUAUCACUCUCAAAGGCAUUUUCACAAACACCUUGCCUGCAACCCCAUCUGAGUUCACAAUAAAUGGACGAGAAAUGGAAUCUAUCAAAGAAGGAAGGUUCAGGAAGUAGUUACCAUCAUUCAUCCACAAAUGCGAAAUCGUCAUUCCUGAGAAGCGGGUCAACCUCCAAAUCGCCAUUGCUGCGAUGUUCUUCACAGAAAAGCAUCCCAUCUUCUAAUUCCAAGAACCCCCACGAUCUCCCUCGAAGUUAUUCACAGAAAAGCUCUUCUAAUUCCAUUGGAAGAAAGUACAGCAGCUUGGCAAAGGAACAGAAGGCUCGAUUCUACAUCAUGAGACGCUGCGUGGCGAUGCUUGUGUGUUGGCAUAAACAUGGAGAUUCGUAAAGAAGACAAAGAAUCGAUCCGGGUUCAACCCAUUUUCGUUCGAUUCAGAGAUGUGAUUUCUUAACCUUCUUCAUUCGAAUUGGAUCUUGAGAUCCUUUUGAGAAAUUGAUGUAAAUUUUUUGUGGAACCCCAUUGAGAAGAAGGGGUGGGGAACUCUGUUUUCUUGGAUUCAAUUAGAUUCAAAUUGUAAUUACAUUGAUGAGUUGAUGAACUUUUAAGUGCAAUCAGAUCGAUCUCCUCUUCCUGAAAUUUCUGAUUACCA